CGUGAUCUGUCGUCUGCAGUGUAAUAGCGGGUUUUGUCCUUCGUGACAUGUCAAAAAUCGGUUGUCAUCGAUUGAUUCGGGCCGUUCGAUUGUGACAUGAAAUUGUGAACGACGCGAAGUGAUCAGUGAAUGACGAUAAGUAAGGUAUUGAUGUGACUUAGAGUGAAUGACUGACUAUGAUCUAGAUUGGAAUAAAUCCGAAUAAGUAAAUAAAAUUCUUGAAGUUCGUCGCGGCCGUGAGUCAUUUGACAGUGUGAUCAAGUCACACCCCGGACGAUGGAAGUGAUUUAUUUGAAACGUAAUUAGCAAGAAAUAGGAAUAAAAAAUAUAUCGUUUGAAACUCGACGGUGUGAAAAACUUAAUUUCAUGAACCUCUGUGUAAUGUUCCUCGGAAAUUGCUUAUACUGAAAGAAUAAAUCUAUAUCAGUCAACUUGUACAAAGGUUACGUACCCAUGUCCGGGGUUCUUUAAUACUCAAACGACGAAUACGGAAUUUAAUUUUAACACAAGAUAAGCCUACUUUGGAACCAAGCGAAUGUUUCGAUUGAGCGAAGCACUCUAUCGAGUCGAAGAAACAAUCUAAGCCCCACCGAAUAGCUUUUGCGGCGUCAGGCAACUCGAGUUUAUUCAUAAACAGUCAUUAUGGUUUGAAGUAGCCUUUCUUUCUGGGAAACCAAAACUUGAAUUGCAUUAUAAUUCCGCCCAAACAGUUGUAGAUACGAUAAUUAGCUUGUUAAACGAAUGCAAAAAGGAGAGAAUAAAUACAUUAGACAAAAGGCAUCGAAGAUGUCUGCAAGCAAUAACGUAGCUGGCAGUGCACCACGCGUGUCGAACUUGCCAAACCGCAAUUCACAGAGGUCGACGUUGCUGAAAGUAGUUAUUUUGGGUGACGGGGGUGUCGGGAAAUCGUGUCUGAUGAAUAGGUUCGUUUCAAAUCACUUCGACGAGCACAGCUUUCACACGAUCGGUGUCGAAUUCCUGAACAAAGACAUUGAGAUCAACGGCGAGGCGUACACGCUCCAGAUUUGGGACACUGCGGGUCAAGAGCGAUUCAAAACACUCAGAACGCCGUUCUACCGAGGCUCCGAUAUCUGCCUGCUAACUUACGCUGUCGACGACAGAAUUAGCUUCCAAAACUUGGCCCUCUGGCGAACAGAGUUCCUUUACUACGCGGAUGUUCAAGAAGGAUCGACGUUCCCCUUCAUCGUGGUCGGAAACAAGGUCGACGUUCCUGAGUCGGAAAAACAGGUUUCUACAGAGGAGGCGAAAGCCUGGUGUCUUGAGAACGGGGAUUCUCCGCUUGUCGAAACAUCUGCCAAAGACGCAACGAACGUUGAGGCCGCCUUUGGUGCUGCGGUUGCUGCCUGGGCUAGACUGGAGGCCAGGCUGGAGCGUCCAAUCGUCGAAGAUACAGUCGAUCUGUCCAAACAGCAAUCUCCGCAUCGCACCAGCUGCUGUAUGCCAGUUUCAACGUCAGAGUCUAACAAAGUAAUUUGAAGAGAAAACGUAACACGUUCGUGGAAAUUUUUUGCUACGUACAACACUGUAUGUAUUACACCUUUAAAGAGAAAUAAAUACAUCAAACAUUAACGCUGUAUUUAGCUAAACACACAGAGCCAAAAGUAAUGCUAAUACUAAUUUUUCAAUUUGUAGAAAAUUACAAAAACGACACUGUUUUUUAGUUUUACUCUAUUUAUAAUAUUUACCAAGGAUAUAGUGCAAUUAUGCUAAAACAAGAUGAUUAUACCCUUGCUACUCGAUUGUGAUUAGAAGCAGCUCAUGACACUGCGCAGUAUUUCAAGUCUUUUACCUAAAUGUCCCACCGGCUUGUGAUGAUAUUUAACAAUAAUCAUAAAUAUAUAAAAUAAGAGUUAGUUAUGAACUGUAGUAUAUACCGAUAGCUUUGGAGCACAGUUUUGCCUUAUUAUUGCAAUGUAAUAAAUGAUCGUACCUGAGGAAUGAAAUGGGGCCGCGUUUAUCGUGUACUGAUACAAACUCUUAGAUAGGUAGAGAUUGCUACACCUUGUGAUACACGGCUACUUUAUGAGCAUUAUUUAACUAAAAAUUCUAUUAUUAAAAAAAUAUAUAUUUGUAACAUUCAGAUUAGAAAAACACACAUAAAAGACUCAGUUCCGAUUUAGUACUGGUGAUAUUUAUUUUACUAGAUAUGCCUCUGUCAUAAAAACAAAAUAAUCAUCAUGCUGAGAUAUUUUCAACAUUUGACAAUAAUUCACGAUUUUUUCUCACUCAUUGCAAUCCUCGUUUUCUCUUCGAUGUUCAAGACUGUUAGAUUUAGAAUCUUUAAUUUAUUAUUUUUAAACUUCAACUCUAAAAGUUCCAUGCGCAAACCCCAUUACCCUCAGUCUGUACAUUGCCUUGAGUAAUAGCUUUCGUACAAUUUCAGAAUUAAUAUUAUAAAAUAAUUCGAAUGGAUAUGUUUUUAUAUAACGCGAGCAUGUUUUAUGCGUUUUUCCCUACACAAAGUAUCUGUUUCCAUCACGGUUGAGUGAGUCUGCGAGUGCGUAUGCGCAGAGUACUGAAAAUACUACUUUCGAGCCCUAGGAGUUAAAAGUGGUUGCUUCAGUACUACGCGCAUGCGCUGUCACAAACAAAUCUGACGUUACGCUACCGACGCUACCGACGUCAAUUUCGUGCUUCGAGAAAAACGCGUAACAUGUUCUUGAUGUAUAAAAAGUCGUGUGCAACAAGGAGGCAACGGUCUUUUCGCCUCGUGUAUUUGCAAAAUUCUCUUUGGCUCGUUUUCUGGGUUUGUCUUUGUUUGGGCCUUCGGCUCACCUACGACUCCUAUUGCAAACUUAUGCUCGGACUGAACAGACCGAGUUUGCGUGUCACACAAUAUACUAUUUAUCAAAUCAAAUGUGCGCGAUUGACCAUUGAAAUUUUAUUUCAUGUUCAAACGUUUCAACGAAUUCACGUGCUCAAGUCAAUAUUUGGUAUUUUGAAAGAGAGACAAACAUGAAAUAAAAAUAUUCGGUUAUCAGUUAUUGACUUGACCUCACAGAAUUGGUUCAUGCUGAUUUGGUGUCAGAUGUGUAUGCGGUGCUUUUGUAUAGCUGUAUGUCCGAAACAACUUUACUAUAAUGAAUAAUUAUACUAAUAUAAUGAUAAUAAUACAAUAAGCAUCUAAAUCUAACCAUAUCAAAGCAAAGGAAGAAAGAAAAGAACGUACAUGCUCAAAUACUGCUCUUAUAUAUAUGUAUACAAACGUAUCAUAGUAUGUUUAUUUUUACAGCGCAGUUUCAAAUGUGUAAUUGCUUUCUAAUUUAGAGCAUUGUAUUUUGAGCGCAAACCAAAGGUUCAACGUAAUACACUUUUGUGUUAUUCUCGUCCACUUUUAUUUUUAUUUCCUAUACAUUUUUCAAUUUUCCAUCAAUAAAAGUUGUACCAAAUUUGAAAUAA